AUGAGUUCCGAAUCACCAAUUGCCCCGGGCGCAGAGCCCGGCCGGAAAGGGUCUGUCAAGAGAGCCAGAGAGUUGCUGGAGGCAGGUGUACGCCCAACACGAGCACCGCCUGUCCUCAAGCCUCCGCCGCUUAGGCCCCAGACCCAGUGGCCUCUCCCAGCUUCAGGCCUUCAGGCAGGCCAACUUAACCCUAAUCAGCUUCCACAGCAACAUCCGGGAUACGGGCUCCCUCGCGGUCCUUCGCCGGCCAGGCCUCCACGCCCAAGCGAGGUCCCUGAACUGCUUUCGCCAGCCGUUUACUCUGCCAGAAGCGGACAGGCCUCGGAGGUUACUUUGAACAAUCCCUAUCGACCAGCUCACUCUUUUCCCCACACUAAACCACCGCAAUCACUGCCACCUCCUCCGCCACGCCCGGGGGCAAAUGAUGACUUCUGUGUGAGCCCUACCAGCACGGUUGGUAUGAAUUCCCGGAUAUCAUUCACCACGGCCGAUCUGUUCAGACAAUCGACCGCUUCAUCUACAGUCUCUGUCCCCAUCAUGGCGCCGGUGCGCACGCUAGAGCCGCCUGUACCCGUGGAUCCUCAAACUCGGACUGCAGGUCUUACGGCGCCAAUUUCCCGAGUCUCCCAAGCCCGUAAAUCUUCUGUCUCUCCCAUCCCAGAGUCCGAAGAAUUCGCGGCUCCUCGUCGGACUUUGGGGUCCCUAGCUUCAAGUCGAGCCAUUCCCUCCAGCUGGGGAUCUGGUGUAGCAGAGUCCGAGAUCCUGGGUGCUUAUCUAGACGACGACUCGGACGAGGAUAAACAUAACAUGGAAAUUGGCCAAGGUCAAGGUGAAACGCUUGUGAGAAACGCCAGUUUGGGAAAGAAGCACAAGCCAACUAUGCGCACGAUCGUGAAAUCGAACCCGGACGUACCCUCAACAAAGCCCCGGGAAAAGAAGAACGAAAAGGCAGCUACUGGACUUACCGAGGGAGCUGCUGUCGGCCAAGCCCGGCGGUCCUCUGCUUGCACGACGUCGGCGGAAUCCUGCGUGGACCCGGAGAAGCCUCGCUUUGCUGAUGUUGUGUAUAACCCCGCGCCGGAGAAGGGAGUCGUGGCCUUGCCAAAGGCUGCCCCCACGAUGAGUGACAAGCGGCCUGGUGGGCGCAAGCCUCCACGUCUCAAUAUGGACGCCGUGCGCGAUGCAGAGACCCGUGGGAGUCUCUCGAGCUUGAGUGACUUGAUUCAUCGUGCUACCAAACUCGCCGCUAACCUUGACCGCGGAAUAACUGGCAGUCGUGCGGAUCUCGCGGCAGACCCCGAAUACAAGGGUUUCAUGGGACAACUCCGCGGCGCCUCAAGUUCACUUUCCGAUAUCUUAGCCUCAUUCCCUAACCCCGGUCUGGCGGCACCAGACAAUCGUGUCUCGUGGCCCAUCUUUUUCAGGAGAUCCACCCUGCGCAACGUCGAGCCUCUUGGCUCCCACGACGAAGUCCCCAAUGAGAAGGUUCCUGUCAAACGUCGAUGCUGCGGAAUGCCGCGAAAGUGGUUCAUCAUCCUCUGCAUCAUCCUCUUCAUCAUCGUCGUGCUCGCAAUUAUUCUGCCCGUCUUCCUGGUAGCUGUUCCCGCUCAAAACGCCAGCAACUCAUGCGCCAAAACGACUCCCUGCCAGAACGGAGGCACGUCCGUGUCGGGUGGCUCCGAAUGCUCGUGCGUGUGCUCUAACGGCUACACCGGUUCUCAGUGUACCGUCAAGGGCGAUUCAAGCUGUGUCACGUCCGGGAUUGCCUAUGGAACAACCACGAAGAACGCGACAAUGGGCAGCUAUAUUCCGAGCUUGCUUGAUAACGCGCAGAGCAAGUUCGGAAUCGACCUGGACCCAGUCACGAUCAUGGCCCUCUUCAGCUUGAGAAACGUUUCCUGCACGACUGAGAACUUAAUUGUGGCAUUCGACGACGUCGCUCGCAGUAGCAGCGGCACCCGCCGCUCUGUCGUGUUGCCCUUGGAUCUGCCUUUAGCCGACGAGGGCGUUUCUUCUCUCUCUAUUGUACCCACCGUUACAGCACCCCCGAUUGUUGCCCGGGCUAUGGCCACUCAGAAUGGCAUCUUCUACGACAACUCGGGAGAAGAUAACUCCGAAACGUCAAACAAAACCGGCUCGAGCACGACAACUGCAACACAGACCAGCCCGUCCGCAACCACGACCGCCGCGGCGAAACCUUCGACGGGCGUGCCGGACAAGGUAAUCGAGUUUUCGCAGACAGCGGUGCUGUACAUCCUCCAGAACACGGGCUCACUGGAGUCGGCGCUAUUCUCCGAGUCGCAGAUCAGCACAUACUUGACGAAUUCCUACAACAACGUGACCAACCCGCAGCUGCAACUGCUGGGCGAGUUCGGACUGGACUUUAAGACGAUGACCAUCAGCGUGGAGAACAGCACGCAGACUUGA